AUGCUUGGCCUGCUGCGCCACCAGGACGCCUUGCGCCUCUGCGACAUCUCCCGAAAUGGAUCCUCCAGCCCCACCCCCAGCAGGCGUCCUCCCCUGGGCCCCGCGCGGGACGCAGCUGUCGACCGAGAAGCAGGACCAGUCCUGAGUUCCGCCGCCGACAUGCCCGAGGCGAAGCCAGCGGCCAAGAAGGCCCCUAAAGGCAAAGAGGCCCCCAAACAAGCUUCCAAGGAAGCCCCUAAAGACCCCCCCAAGGACGCUUCCCCUAAGGAUGCCCCAGCAGAUGCCCCCAAAGAAGCCCCUCCUGAGGACCUGUCCCCUGCUGGUGAGGAGCCCACUGGGGUCUUCCUGAAGAAGCCGGAUUCUGUGUCCGUGCAGACUGAGGUGGUUGAGGAGGAGGAGAAGAAGAAGAAGAAGAAGGAAGACGAUGACCUUGGUAUCCCACCGGAGAUUUGGGAGCUCCUGAAAGGGGCGAAGAAGAGCGAGUAUGAGAAGAUCGCCUUCCAGUACGGCAUCACUGACCUCCGGGGCAUGCUGAAGCGGCUUAAGAAGGCCAAGGUUGAGGUCAAGAAGAGUGCAGCCUUCACAAAGAAGCUGGACCCAGCCUACCAAGUGGACAGGGGCAACAAGAUCAAGUUGGUGGUGGAGAUCAGCGACCCAGACCUUCCACUCAAAUGGUUCAAGAAUGGCCAGGAGAUCAAACCAGGCAGCAAGUAUCAGGUGUUUGUGGGUGACCGCGUGGAAAUGAUGGUGGAGGUGUCGGAAGAAGGUGCCCAAGUGAUGUGGAUGAAAGAUGGCGUAGAGAUGACUCGGGAGGAAUCCUACAAGGCCCGCUACCGCUUCAAGAAGGACGGGAAGCGUCACAUUCUCAUCUUCUCAGACGUCACCCUGGAGGAUGGGGGUCGGUUUCAGGUCAUGACCAAUGGUGGCCAGUGUGAGGCCGAGCUCAUUGUGGAAGAGAAGCAGCUGGAGGUCCUGCAGGACAUCGCCGACCUGACGGUGAAGGCCUCCGAGCAGGCCGUGUUCAAGUGCGAGGUGUCUGACGAGAAGGUGACGGGCAAGUGGUACAAGAACGGGAUCGAGGUGCGGCCCAGCAAGAGGAUCACCAUCUCCCACAAAGGGAGGUUCCACAAGCUGGUGAUUGACGAUGUCCGUCCUGAAGAUGAAGGGGACUACACCUUCGUGCCUGAUGGCUAUGCCCUGUCCCUCUCGGCCAAGCUCAAUUUCCUGGAAAUUAAAGUGGAGUAUGUACCCAAGCAAGAGCCACCAAAGAUCCACCUGGACUGCUCGGGGAAGACCUCAGAGAACUCCAUUGUGGUUGUGGCCGGAAACAAGCUGAGACUGGAUGUGUCCAUCACAGGGGAGCCCCCGCCCGUUGCCACGUGGUUGAAGGGAGACGAGGUGUUCACAGCCACCGAGGGCAGGACCCACAUUGAGCAGCGGUCCGAAUGCAGCAGCUUUGUCAUCGAGAGUGCUGAGCGAUCGGACGAGGGCCGCUAUACCAUCAAGGUCACCAACCCUGUUGGCGAGGACGUAGCCUCCAUCUUCUUGCGUGUUGUGGAUGUCCCAGACCCCCCAGAGGCUGUGCGGGUCACCUCAGUUGGAGAGGAUUGGGCCAUUCUGGUCUGGGAGCCACCCAAGUACGAUGGUGGACAGCCGGUCACCGGAUACCUUAUGGAGCGGAAGAAGAAGGGCUCUCAGCGCUGGAUGAAGCUGAACUUUGAGGUCUUUACGGAGACGACUUAUGAGUCGACCAAGAUGAUUGAAGGCGUUCUCUAUGAGAUGCGCGUCUUCGCCGUCAACGCCAUUGGGGUCUCGCAGCCCAGCAUCAACACCAAACCCUUUAUGCCCAUUGCACCCACGAGUGAACCUCUGCACCUGAUGGUGGAGGACGUGACUGAUACCACCACCACGCUCAAGUGGAGGCCUCCGGACAGGAUCGGGGCAGGCGGCAUUGAUGGGUACCUGGUGGAGUACUGCCUGGAGGAAUCUGAGGAAUGGCUGCCCGCUAACACGGAGCCCGUGGAGCGGUGCGGCUUCACCGUCAAGGAUCUGCCCACAGGAGCAAGAGUUAUCUUCCGGGUCGUGGGGGUCAACAUCGCAGGGCGCAGUGAGCCGGCCACCCUGACCCAGCCGGUCACCAUCCGGGAGAUUGUGGAGCAACCCAAGAUCCGCCUCCCGCGCCACCUGCGCCAGACCUACAUCCGCAAAGUGGGGGAACAGCUCAACCUCCUCAUCCCCUUCCAGGGGAAGCCGCGGCCCCAGGUGGUGUGGACCAAGGGCGGGGCCCCGCUGGACGCCUCGCGCGUGCACGUGCGGACCAGUGACGUGGACACGGUGCUGUUCGUGCGCCAGGCGGCGCGCUCCGACUCCGGGGAGUACGAGCUCAGCGUGCAGAUCGAGAACAUGCAGGACACGGCCACCAUCCGCAUCCGGGUCGUGGAAAAGGCAGGGCCAGCAGAGAAUGUGAUGGUGAAGGAAGUGUGGGGCACCAACGCCCUGGUGGAGUGGCAGCCCCCCAAAGACAACGGGAACAGUGAGGUCACGGGCUAUUUCAUCCAGAAAGCCGACAAGAAAACCAUGGAGUGGUUCAAUGUUUAUGAACACAGCCGCCCCACCUCCUGUACUGUGUCCGAUCUUAUCGUGGGCAACGAGUAUUAUUUCCGAGUCUUCAGCGAGAAUAUCUGUGGGCUCAGUGACUCACCCGGUAUCUCGAAGAACACAGCCCGGAUCCUCAAGACAGGACUCACCUACAAACCGCUUGAGUAUCAAGAGCAUGACUUCCGAACAGCCCCCAAGUUCUUGACGCCUCUCCUAGACCGGGUGGUUGUGGCCGGAUACACGGCUGCUCUCAACUGUGCCGUCCGAGGCCACCCCAAGCCAAAGGUGGUGUGGAUGAAGAACAAGAUGGAGAUCCGCGAAGACCCCAAGUUCCUCAUCACCAAUCACCAGGGCGUGCUCACGCUCAACAUCCGCCGCCCCUCUCCCUUCGACGCGGGCACCUACUCCUGCCGGGCCGUCAACGAGCUGGGGGAGGCGCUGGCUGAGUGCCGGCUGGAUGUGCGAGUGCCGCAGUGAAGAUGACCUCUCUGCUCGUCCCCCUCCCGGAGUUUCCAUAAAGAACACAAGUCAA